GCAGACAUUUUGAUUGAGAGAGAAGUGUUAAUGCAGAAGUACAUUCAUCUAGUUCAGAUCGUAGAGACGGAAAAAAUUGCAGCUAACCAACUCCGGCAUCAACUUGAAGAUCAAGAUACAGAAAUUGAAAGACUUAAAUCAGAGAUUAUCGCUCUUAAUAAAACCAAGGAACGAAUGAGGCCUUACCAAAGUAAUCAAGAGGAUGAGGAUCCAGAUAUCAAGAAGAUUAAAAAGGUUCAGAGCUUCAUGAGAGGAUGGUUGUGUAGAAGGAAAUGGAAGACCAUUGUGCAGGAUUACAUUUGUUCUCCUCAUGCUGAAAGCAUGAGGAAGAGAAACCAGAUUGUGUUCACCAUGGUUGAAGCUGAGUCGGAGUAUGUUCACCAGCUCUACAUCCUGGUCAAUGGCUUCCUCCGGCCCCUGCGAAUGGCAGCCAGCUCCAAGAAGCCUCCCAUCAGCCAUGAUGAUGUCAGCAGCAUUUUUCUCAACAGGUUUGUCUUGGCGUAAAUCAAAGAGUCAUGUGAAAAACCCAUUUCUAUUUCUUAAAAGAAUUUUUACUUUACUCUUAAAAGAAUAGGAAUCAUAAGUUCAGCUUUAUGAGCUUAUGAUAUUAAAAAUAAGAAAGUUAUCAUUUGUGUUUCAUUAUUUGUGUGAGUUUACAUGUCUUUAUCUUGAAUCAUGGCAUUUAGUUUUCUGGGUCUUUUCUUUGUGUGACAUAUGUUUUCUUGUCAUUGUGUAGGCGUGUGUGUGUUGGGAAAGAUAAUCUUCAUAAGCUGAGGGAGGUGGAGUGAGUAAUGGGUCUUUACAUGUAAUUUAUACAGACAUACUUUAGGAAGAAGAAAAACUAACAAGGGGCCUGAGAAUCUCUAGCAAAUUUAUUUGCUCAAUAAAUAUUUAUAGUGUCCUUCCUGCUGAGUGUUCAUCAGUGAACAAAGCAGAAAUCCUUGCCUUCAUGUAACUUAAAUUUUGAU